UCAAGUACUGACUUCUCACGUCAGAUAACAGGUCAGUGCUCAGAGGACGCAGCAGACUCACCUGAUGAUGCUGACUUUCGUUAAAGCCAAUCCGGAACUCUUUACCUGUUAGAUCCUACCUGGCUCUACUGAGAUCUACCUCCUACAGGAAGGGUUGCCCCUCUCUGCUGCCAUGACCGGCUUCCCUCUGCUGUGGCUGUGCUUGCUGCUCAGCCUCCUGCCUCUGGAGAUCCAGUCCCGGGGUCUGAGAGCUCGCAGACACAGGUUAGGUGAAUCCAGAAUCUAUAAAGCGUCUUACCCCAACUCUCCACCAGGUGUGUCUGAUCUUUCUGCUGCCAUCAGUAAUCAAAUUCCACAGGAAAACACACAACACACUGUGAGGGCCCCACUGCACAGAGACCCAUCAUCAAAGUUGUCUGACAUGCUUCUUCGUAGAAACAAUAAGACGCUGCCGGUGGAACCGGUGCGAUCGCGAGGGUCACGGGGUCGUCGUCAUGCCAACAGUGGAAGUUCAAGGGGCCACGGUCAUCUGAUGAGGGUGAGGUGCGUUCUUGGCACCUGUCAGGUGCAGAACCUCAGCCACCGACUCUACCAGCUAAUUGGACAGAACGGCAGAGAGGACUUGUCCCCCAUUAACCCCCGCAGCCCCUACAGCUUCGGCUAGCACCACACCUCCAAUCAGAGACGUACUGGAACAGCUUUUCCAAAUCACUCAUUUCCAUUGGACCACAGAUGGAAAACUUAACACUCAUGUUUACCCUCUCCAUUUAGAGUUUUGUUCAUUGUUAUAGCAGUAAUUUUCAGUGACUUUUUGAUAGCACUGUUCUCACUGAGGAAUUUCUUUAGAUCUGUGAAUGUUACAGAAUUUAUGAAGAAAAAAAAAUGCUGUGAGAGAGUUAGAUGUCAAACAAACAAAGGGUAAAUAUGGCCUAAGAACUAAAUCUGUAAAUUGCUCAAAUGUUCCUGAGAGAAAAAGAGCCAACUGGUGGUGUGUCACAUAUGCUUUGUGAUUUUUCUUUGUCAAUGAUGAGGGGAAGUGGCAGGAAACCCCAGCUUCCUAUAAUUAACAUAUAAUUAACAUUAACAUCUAAAGAAAGGAUAAAUUGGAGAGGAAAUGCCUGAUCAAGCCAGAAGUGUCCAGUCUUGAUUCAAAGACCAGGGGCACUCACAGUUUAUUGUUUCUUUUAUAAUAAAUUGUGUUUUUCAUGACAAGUUGAGGCAAAUUUAUGGUUUCUAAAUCAGCCGUGGUAUGUGAUGGCCAGUUAAGAUUCGUCCAUGCAGAUAUCCCAAUCAGAACUUUUUGUGAUACCAAUCAGCCAUUUUGGAUUAAGCAUUUGCAAUAUUACAGAGAUUUUAUUCAAAUUGAACACUUCUUCUUUCAGAGCAGAGCUCCUACCACUGUCUCCACAAAAAAAUGUAAAAUGAUGGAAAGGCUAUUCUCCAAAACCAAAGAUCUGCAGAUGUCAACUUUUCUCCAAACGAAAUCUGUUGAGCACAUUUGAACAAUGAGUUAAGAGUCUUACCUUUUAAUUCAGCAUAACGUUCAAAGUAUGGUUUCAAUUUUAGUGAUGCAUGAAAUAUAAAGCAGCAAUAAUCAUUCAUUAUUUUAUGAAUUCAUAGACUUAGUUUCUGUUUUGAAGCUUGAGGUAAUCCAGUGACAUUUAUGCUAGUUGAACUGUGAUAAAUACAGAUUUACCAGAAAUCAUCAGAUAUUCACAAUUAUUAACUGUAUUUGGAACAGAAAACACCAGGAUCAUACAUUAUAAUCAAUUAGAUGACAAAACGUGCCUUAUCUUAAUGUCCUUUUAGAGUAAAUACUACAAAUAAGUACAUAUAAAUUCUACAAUCGUGUGGUUUUUUCACCAAGUUUAACACAUAUUUUGUCAGCAGACUAUUUUCUCAAACUUAGCUGUCUGACUAACAUCAGCUUUCAGCAUCAAUAUUGUUCCUGCUGUCUGAACUUGAGUGAGCUCAGCGCUAAUCUCCAAAAAGCACUUUAAUCUCCAUGUGCAAACAAGCAGCUUUAGCAGCGGGGACAACCUCUGGCCACAAUGACCUCUCACUCCAAACGCUCACAACUCAAUCAACUAAAACGAAUGCUGCUAAUCUUUCUGCAGAUUUCUCAGCAGAAACUGAAGGUUGUCUUAACUUUCAGAACUAACAGAGGACAGUGGAUGUAUCAAAGUACUGACUAGAAACUGUAACAGAGUGGGAUGCAGUCUUUUUUGUAGUAGUUAUUUCCAGGCUUUUAAAAGAAGCCUAAUUGGGAUUACUGCAAUUGAGGUCUGUUUUUGUCCCUUCUGUUUCUGUGUAGGAGUUCAGUCACUUUAGUCUUGACUCAGUUUUGCUCUAAACUGUAACAGAACAACACAAAAGCACUUUGUAAGCAUUAAUUUUAAAAGCAGGUCUUUAUUUCUAUGUCAAUA